CGCCUAUUACUUUAAGCAGAAACUCCUUCAGGCUCCUCCUCUUAUUGACUUAAAGGAAAACAGAACAGACCAGCGUUGAGGAGCGGACUGGUUGUGGGAUUGUACUGUACGACAAACUAGUUCUCCAGUGAUGUUUGCUGAAAAACUGGGAAAACAGUUGGGACGCCCGACACGAUCAGUGGCAGGAUGGCUGGUCAGUAAGUUUCUCACAGUACGCAACGCUGCUCUUGAGGAGAGUCUUGUGCAGAUAUCAGGGAUACAGCCUGAAGACACAGUGCUGGAGCUGGGUCAUGGCCCGGGUCUAGGUCUGCAGUCAGCAGCCAAACUGCUCACAGCGCCCACAGGACAUCUUAUCGGGGUGGAUUACUCAGUGUACAUGCAUCAGAUGGCAAGUGAGCAGAUAAAGGAACUUGUUGCCAGUGGGAAAGUGACCCUACACCAUUGUGAUGUAGCAGCAAUGCCUCUGGUAGACAGUACUGUAGACAGAGUAUUCCAUUGUAACUGCUACUACUUCUGGCCUGACCUCAAAAAGGGAGCCUCAGAGAUACACCGGGUAAUGAAGCCAGGAGGCCUGAUGGUUACUGGACUGAGGCUGUCACAUAUUGCUGCUUUUGCAGCAAAGCGAAUAAUGCCAGGGGAAAACUGGCGCCCGGAGGCCUACAUGACAGCUCUGAGAGACUCUGGCUUCACUGAUGUCAGAAUGGAAGACAAACAGCACACACACUUAACUUUUCAGGCUAUCUAUGCCACUGCCUCAAAAUGAGAUGAGGUCAAACUAAAAGUUUAAGCAUCAUCAAUUCAAAAAUAGAAAAUAAUCACUAGUAUGUUUAAUUCAAUGAGUUGGAUGUCAAAGUGCGGACACUAUCAACAUAAUUCACCAUUUUGUGUGGUUAAUCACAGGCUUUUAUCUUACAUUGCUUUUUCUGUGAUGUUUUGCCUUCACACCAACAACUAGCAGUUAGUGUGUUACUAUGGUAACAUACAGUCUUGAGAAUAAAACUUUAUUAAAAGA